AUGGCUUCCAAGAAGGAUACCCUCUAUCCCAAAAUCUCUGGUAAGCCCAAAAACUUACUCGUGGAAUUCUCAAAAUACCAGAGAACCUCAAAGGCUCGACGUACUGGGAGCAUUUCUGUCACCGGAACAGUAAAACUUCAUGGAACUCAUGGAGAUAUUCGCAUCACAGCAGAAGACACUAUUUACAUACAGACUCGAAAUUCGGAUGUUCUGACACCAGCUCUCGACAGCUUGAAAUUCCUUGAUUUCAUUCAACCAGCUCGAGCGGAAAUCCUUGCCCUAAAAAAGCAGUUCCAUGCUCGUUUCCAGAAGCUGAAUCCCAAAGUCAAGAUCAACGAUGAACAUCCCCUUAUCAUCGCUGGGGAGUGGAUCGGCCCAAAGAUCCAGAAAGACGUCGCAGUCAGUGCACUGCCAGAGCGAUAUUUCGUCAUCAUUUCUGUUUCCAUCAACAACGAAUGGCAGCCGGAUGAACCAUAUUCAGACAUCGAAAACGAGUCUAUUAAUAUUGUAAACAUUUCUCGGGGAGGAUUCUACCACGAAACCAUCGAACUGAAGAAUCCGGACCCAGCAUUCGCAAAGAUGCAAGCUCUAGCCGAUGAGGUGGAGAAAGAGUGUCCUUUUGCGAAGACUUUUGGCCUCAUUGGCCUUGGUGAAGGCAUUGUCUGGAAACCUGCUGCGCCUCUUUGCUAUGAUGCAAAGUAUUGGCUUAAGCUGAAGGGCCCAGUUUCCAUGGGGAUCAUAGAGGCUGGACCGGCCGCUCAUAUGCCGCAGCGAAGCAGUUUUAUUGCUCCUGUUUUUGCGGCCCCAGCCCCCUCUCCUGCUGCAAGAAAGAGUGCUAUACUGGAUCGAAAAAUAAGCAACGCGCCAUCGCCACGAAAUGUUGUUGGUACACCGAUGUUCUCAGCGUCACCUUCCUCGGUCGCUGCGAGUAGAGCUUCAAACAAGCCGAUGGGAAACCCACUUCCGUUGGAAGGUUCGAGGCUGAAAGAAUUUCCGUCGCUGCCAGUUUCGCCUUCAGCUACGACAAGCAAAACACUUAAACAGACCGUGAACACCACGAUGCCACUCGAAGGUUCUGUCCUAAGAGAAUCGUCAAUGGUAUCUGCACCCAUACCAAUGAGGAUUAAGAAGACUGCAGGCGAAAGUUCGGGAGAUUCCAGAGUUGAUAAAAAUAUUAUUUCAUCGCCUUUGUUGCCUAGACAGGUCUGCGACGUGUUAUCAGAAUUUCAAUGCUCUAGGUCAUGGUCAUUGGUGGCAGGAAAGACUGAGGAGAGGGAAUCGCAAAGUCUGGGACCAGUCAGAAACGUUACACGUAUGCCAAUAGCAUCGAAGAAUGUCACUUCCAUUUCGCCAGAGAACGCAAGACUUCUCGAGACCCUCAAAUCGGCGCCGGUGACACCUGAAAUGUUCCAACAGGCCAGAUCAGAGAUCAUGAGCCUUUUCCAGAUGAACAGCUCUGCGAAAUUACCAAUUGUGUCCGAGAAGGAAGUCGAGCAUACGCCAGAAGUUUCCAAGUCUGAUGAGUGCGUAAUCUCUUCUCCUGUUGCCCCCGAAGAAACCGCUUCUGAAUCAUCAGACGAAGGGAACCAAGAAGAAGGCGGAUGGCCUAUGCCAUCGUCCAGGAAGAAGUCCCACAAGGAACAGUCCGAGCACGUUGAUCUCGUUCCUUUGAUCGCAUUCACCGGGGAGGUUGGAGCCAUCGAAUCAGAGCAUGCGCAGCUGAGUCCUGUGCCAUCGAAGGUUGGAGAUGAUAAUGAAGGAUCCUCUGAAACCACCAUGCCGGCUUGCGCACCACUGAUUCUCAAUAAGAUCGAGGGACCGGAGGUAAUAGCUGCCAGAAAUUUCGCAAACGAAGUAAUUUGGGAGAGAAGGUUGGAGCAGGGAUGGCAAUAUCUUAUAGAGAAGGGAGAGCGUACUGAGAGACAGAACGCAGAAAAGUUUUUGAACUGGUUAUGGGAAGACGUGGCGGUAGAGGAGGAAGUAGAGAUUGAGGAGCUUGAACUAAAUGUGGCUCUCCUGAAGAAAGAGAUUUUUAGUAUCGGCAGAGAUUGGUACUUCGAGCAUUUGGCCUUCGAGGAGCAGAAUGAGAACUGGGGUGUUGGAGCAGCGCGUUAA